GAGGAGGGGGAGGAGGACGACGCGGUUUCCUCUCCGCACGCGCCGCAGGAACACAGCGAACCGACUGGGAGGGAAAGCGCGAGCGGACGGACGGAAAGAAAGGAACCCGAGCAGCGCGAGCGACACUCCGACUCCUUUUGUCUGCGGCCGGAGCUCUAAACGAUGAACCAGCGCGCGCGGACGCGUCCUCGUGACAGCCAUCUUUAAGAACGGAGUGUUUUUUUUGUGUGUGAGAGUGUGUGUGUGCUCGCAGGCUAAUUUUUUUUUGUAGGAUUAGGAGGAGGACGGUGAGGGGAGGAAAAAAAAAUCGCCCUUCCUUUGAGGUAGGAUAUGGAGCAUAGCAUUUAGCCUCCGUGAGUCAGUGUAAAGCCUGAGACGCGCUCUUUUCCUUCACGCGUGUUUUUACUAACCUUUGUGUGUGUGUCUGUUUUUUUUUUUUGUCCAUAAUAUUUUCGCGGCGCGUUGCUCCUUUUAUCCGCAGAGGGUGUUUUUUCCCUUCUCGUGGCGCAUGCUACACAAUAUAUUUUGCAAUCUGUCUCAUGCACUCCGGUGCGUUUUAGGCCUUGUGUAGCGAACUGGACUCGGAUGUAGGAUUGAUUCUCAUGGAAGCUCUGAUUAUCGCCACAUAAACCCGAUCAGACUGGAAACAAGCGUUUUAAAUCAUCUACUGGGUGUUUAAAGCACAACACACACACACAUUGGCUACGAUCGGAUUAUUAAAAAAUAAGCAUAAUUACCGUUCGGCGAUUAAAGGCGCACUGCGUGAGUCGGUUAUAAUAAGACUUAAUAAUAUAAAGGAGAAGAAGCACAAGAGGGGUAAAGGACGUCGGCGCGUUUUCAAUGUUAAUGUCGACCGACGUUGCGUCCAUCAUGCUGCCCGUUAGUCGGGGACUGAUGGAGCGGGACAGCAGGGACUUGGAGGCGAACGCCAGCCAGAACCCGCAGGCGCAGAACCAGAGCGCGAGCCCCAACCCGGUGCGCGGGAUGAAGCGUGGAGACCCGGAGCCCGACGCGCACGGAGCCGCCGCAGCACCCCUUGGGGACUCGGUAGGGGCCGAGUGUAAAAGACCCCGCAUGGAGGGCGGAGGGGACAUGAGCCAGAACAAUGAUCCACUCAACAUGGGCUUCCACGGAUACCCCUCAGGCAGUCAGGGUUCUCAGGAUGCUAUGGGGGCUCAGGAUGGCCUCGUCCCCCCACCGUACUCGUCCUUCCCCCCUCCUCCUCCUCCGCCGCCCCAGAACGGCUUGCCGCUGGACUUCGGAGGCAGCGGUAUUUACCCCGCAGGGGGCCAGGGGCAAGUGGAGGCGCCGGCAGGGAUCGCCAACCCCCCCUCAGCCCCCAGCGCUCUCAACACACAAUUAUCAGAUGGGUCCCCCCAGGCCGAGGGCCAGUGCGUCUCCGCCAGCGGUUCAGGAGUGUCCGGGACCGAAGACUCUGCAGAUGGCAAAGUGACCCCAAAACGUCUCCACGUCUCCAACAUCCCCUUCCGCUUCCGAGACCCAGACCUGCGCCAGAUGUUUGGGCAAUUCGGGAAGAUCCUGGACGUGGAGAUCAUUUUCAAUGAGAGAGGCUCUAAGGGCUUCGGCUUCGUGACGUUCGAGAACAGUUCGGAUGCGGAAAAAGCCCGCGAGAGGCUGCACGGGACGAUAGUGGAGGGCAGGAAGAUAGAGGUGAACAACGCUACAGCUCGAGUGAUGACCAAUAAGAAGCUGGUUAGUCCAUAUGCUAAUGGAGAAGGACUCAGCGCUCUGCCUUAUGUAGCUGGCUGGAAGCUGAGCCCAAUGGUGGGUGCAAUGUAUGGGCCGGAACUCUACGCAGUUCCAGGUUUUCCUUACCCCACAGCCGCAGCGGCGGCGGCGGCCACUACAGCCGCCACCUUCAGGGGUGCUCACCUGCGGGGGCGCGGCCGGCCCGUUUAUGGCGCCGUGCGUGCAGCUAUACCGCAACCCGCUAUUCCAGCAUACCCAGGAAUAGUGUUUCAGGACUCUGUGGUUAGUAGCAGAUUGCCACAGGGUGGUUAUGCGGCGUAUCGCUAUGCCCAGCCCACCGCCGUAGCAGGUCCAACAGCAGCGGCGGCAGCCGCUGCCGCAGCAGCCUAUAGCGACAGUUACGGUCGCGUAUAUGCGGCAGAUCCUUACGCUACAGCGCUAGCAGCCCCCACGGCUGCCGCAUACGGAGUGGGUGCAAUGGCCACCCUCUAUAGGGGCGGAUACAGCAGGUUUUCUCCCUACUAAAACACAGAACCUCUCAGCUCCACCGUCUCUCCCAAACUUUUACCAACAGCCAGUCUCUUAGGAGCACACAAGUCCUUUUUUUCUGGACAAAAACGAAAACACACCGCUUAAGAAUAAAUACUUGAGAAAGGAAAGUACAUCACUACAAGUGGGUUUUUAAAAAAAAAUCAUAAAUUACGUACCUAAAAGUAACUUUACAAGACGAGCAAGAAGCUGACUGAGAAAUUGCACGGCUAAGAAAAGAAAAUCUUACCUUUUUUUUUUUUGUUUGUUUGUUUUUGGUUGGUUUAUUUUUUGGCACGUUUCUCUGCACAUAUGCAUGCAGUAACGGCUCUAGAAGAACGGUUCUAGCGGCCGACAAACUCCAUGUGCAACAAAGUGUCUGGAGUACAACGGACAUAGUUUGUACAUGGUUCUUCAGCGCAUCACACUACAUUACACCCAGCCCUGUCCAAGAAGCCUGCCCAUCAUACCACCACACCACACUGACUGAGAGGACACGAAAGACCCGAGCCACCAUGAAACAGACCCCGCAUGUCCUUUAGUAGAAGAACCAAGAAAAUGCGAUGUGAAAGAAGACGACUGUUUAAAGUGGUGUUUUCUUCUUUUGAUGAUGAUUUAUUUUUUUUUAAUCAUAAGGAAAGAAAGGACUGGGAUGUAAAAAACGAGAAACUGACAGCUGUUACAGAUCGGCGGGAUUUCCCGCACGAAUAUGGGACCGAUGUGUCAUAAAAUAACUUACGGAAAAACCUUGCUUAGAUCUUUUUUUGUUUUUGUUCGUUUGUUGUUGUUUUUUUUCACGCUUAAACAUUACCUCCUGCUUUAGAGGUCUUUUUUUAAAAAGGCGUACCUUUAAAAUUGAAUAGUAACAAUAUGCAACUAAAUUAGAUUAGAUCAAAAAACGUUUCCAAACUUCAUUAUUAUUAUUAUUAUUAUUAUUAUUAUUAGCAGCAGCCAAUUUCUUUAUGCCGUCCCUGUGACCUAGUGACUCCAAUUUGAACGUGGAGGUUAAAUCAUGAAACUAUCUGUCAUGAAAUGUAACACUAUAUAACACAAUCAAUCAUGUUUAGAGGAAAAAACAACGCACACUAAGAAUUUCGUUCACCCUAUCCAGACCCUCAUUGGUUUAUUGGGACUUCAAGCUUUUUUUUUUCUUUUUUUUUUUGUUAAAACAAAAAUCGUGCUGUCAAAUAUGCAACUUGCGUCAUUUCACAACAGGGUGUGCAUAUUUUACAACAACAAAAAAAAACGUUAAACUACAUAGUAUUUUUUCUUGCUUCUCUACAUGUAUUUACUCUUAUCUUCUGAAUAUUGAUAUUAUGUCUUAUGAAUUUUGGUUCCAAAGAUUUCGUGAAGCACAUUGUUUUUGUUUUUGUUUUUUUGGUUGUAUGUAUGAGCCUAUGGUAAUUUUUGUUGUUUGCCUCGUUUUAUUUUUUGUAUCAAUAGGUUUUACUGUUUUUUUGCUUUUGAAGUGACUUCAAAAAAAAAACAUGGUUUAAAAUGAAAUGGAUUUUGCGGUGUCUGCUGUGCCAUCGACAUCCGGUUUCCACCAUAAUUUAUUAACAAACCUAUCAGUGGAAUAUAAGCAGGUUAUUCUGUGGUCAGGAUUUAUCAGUGUACGUGCUUCGUUCCGAUGUCGUGUAUCAGUACUUCCGUGCUGGAAUGCUGGAAAAGCAUGAAACCUGAGCUACCGGGUAUUAAGUGUGUACGGAUUCACUCGUUUAAAAAUGAUUUCAGCCGUAUUGUUAACACAUGAUUUCAGCCAACACUCAACACUCAUACUAUAGGUAAAUGAUAGAAAACAUUUCAUAUUAAGCUUUUUUAGGUUUUUUUUGUUUUGUUUUUUUGAUAUAAGGGUCGAAUUAUAUUCCACUGCUUUGAGGCCUGGAAGUGGAACGUGUAUUAAGAUUUAGGGAAUUUUUCCGACCUCUUUCUAAAAGCUCGUUGAGAUGGUGUUAAUUUUUUUUUUUUUUUUUUUUUUUUUAACUGUCCAUUAGGUACUUUGCAGCCUAUGCACUACGUUUCUCAGUGUUAUCAAGAAAAUUAAGGCAGAUUAAGAUUAGCUAUGGUCACCCUUCUCCCUUCGCCUUUUUAGACUCUUCCAAGAUCUGUGUUAGAUAAAAUAAGGAUGGAUUUGUCCUUUUUUUUUUUUUUUUUUUUCUGUAGCCUUGUUGUGUAUAGUGGCUUAAGUACUACUGUUAAAACAGUACUUUAAAGCCAGACAGGACUAGACUCAUCUCAGUCCAGUGAUAUUUAUUAACAAAAUCCAUCCUGCUAUUCAAACUGAGGUAGCAUCAUAAUUUGUGGAUCUGUUGAAAUUUUGGGUCGGGAUCCUCCGAAAAACCGGGCGAAGGGUGUGCGAGUCUAGAUUUGUCAGAUCGUCUUAUAGAGCACAGGUUUCCAAUAACGUCCAGCUGUACAGUCAGGAUGGGAAUGAAACGAGCUGCCGCCCUGGGCAGCGUCCCAGUCCUGUCCUAUAUCUCCUUUCCUUCUUUGCACAUUAUUAUAUAAUACAUGUUGUGCAUAUUAUCCUUUAGUUUACAAUGUGAGUGUGUUUUUGGUUUGAACUCUUCCUAUCUGCAUACUCGGAUGCCAUUUGUGAUGUAAUUUGUAUCUGAAUGUCCAUAUAAACUGUUUUUUUUAAAUAUAUGCACAAAUGAG